CUCGCAAUUGACGUCGCAUACACAGAUCGUCAGAAGCGCAAGGCAGAGAACCUGGCUCAAGAAAUCUUUGGCAAGAAUCGUCGUCAGAGCGCCCCUCAGAACAACCCCAACAACAAGAAGUCGCAAACGCCCUUGGGCGGAAGUCUGGCCAGUCGACGCUCGUCCUCGACCGCGUCCAUUCCUACACUCGGCAAACAGCAGCAAUCCCGUAACCAAAAGAAUCGCAACAAUCGUCAAUCAGCCGGAGCAUACCAAACGGCAGCACAACAGGCCCCACCUGCCUCAUUCAACAUCCAGCAACGAUCCUUUGCGACUGUCGGCAGCGAAAUCUCAAUCCGAGGAGCCGCUGGUCCCUACUGUGUAGUCGCUAGCAACUUUGCGCCAGGAACAACAGCUGCCGACAUUGAGAGUGUCAUGGCUCCAGUCGGUGGUGAAAUGUCUGCCUGCAAGUUGGUCUCUGCGUCGCCCACCGUUAUUGCAGAGAUGCUCUUCCUGGACAAGGCCGGUGCCGACAAUGUUAUCAACAUGUUCAACGGCAAGAAGGUUGNNGCCGAUGGAAGAGUCCUGUACGUCUACCUUAAGGAGGGAGGCCCAUCACAGUCCAUCCAGUCUGCCACGCCGCGCAUCGCUUCUCCUGUCGUCAUAGCCCAACCCGAGCCCGUUCAAGAACAAGGAGCCGAAGACACGAUGGAGAUUGAACAAGCAUACCCCACCGAGCCCAGCCCUCUUCCACCUCACGAGCCUUCUCCCCGUCCUGCAUACAACAACUCACGGUCUCGCGAUGGUAGAGCCUCGUACCGUGAGGACUACGACCGUGGUGACCGUCAUGCGGAACCAGACUAUCAAGAUGGAAGAUAUGGCUUCAACGAGCAACGCUAUAACGAGCCGCGCUAUGAUGAUCGCCGUCCCAGAUAUCGUGAUGAGGGUCGCAUGUACUCGGAUGAUGUAAUGCGCGGAGGUUCUCGUAGAGGUGGAGGAGGUCGCGGUGGUGGUCGCUACCGCGGA